UAGUAUUUUUUUUAUAUUCCGUUAUAGAAAGGAAACUCGCGUGAUACGUCACAAUGCUGAUAAGAAGUGUUUAUAAGUUUCACGUGUUGCUCUCUCAAUAUAAAGCUGCGGGAGCGCCCUACAUCGCCACAACAGAACCAGCGCUCGUAUUGUUAACAUUAAGUUAUAUUCACGUUAAAUCACCAAAUAUUAGUCUCAUCGAAGAGCGCAAACGAAAAAAAAAUGUUACUUAUACUAAGAAGAGCUUUGAUUUUAAUUGGAUCGGUUCAGUUCAGUGUCGGCAAUACAAUUUCAAACAACGAUUCACUUAUAGUCGAAAUGCCACCGGGAUGCAGAGGCGAAAAGAUGUGUUUUGAAAAAUCUAAGGACUAUCCGAUCGAUAAAAUAAAUAGCCUAUUAAAUAGCAAGGGUUGGGGAAUAGCCGACGCGAUCAGGGUGUUCGGUCAUCGACAAGGUAGCUUCAUGGAAAUCUGCAAAUCUAAGAUACUGCCACCUACACAGGUGUACGAAAUUGAAGACGAGAACGGCAUCAUUCGGUUCGUUGUUCAAGCUGAGAGGUUUAAGCAAAUCGUCAACGUCAUUAAUUGCAGUAACGAAGGAAACAUCACGAGGUCGUCUGAUAUAUACAGGAGAUCUUAUUUCGGAUACGGAGCAUUGAGAAGCUACUACGUGACGUGUAGACAGGUUACCAUUGAUUUCAAGUUCCUGGUGCUCAGUAUAGACGGACAAUCACUCGACACCGCUUCCGUAUACGGAGGACUGCCAGUCUGCUGCUCUUGCUAUGUGGCGAGAAAAAAUAUUAAUCAUUUGAACGCAUCGUAUUAAUCAAAUCAUACUAAGGGACGCGAUUUUGACGAAAAGGAUUUUUUUUCCUACCUAUGCUGAUAGCCUUGAGAGGCUAUUUCAGCUUCACCCUAACGUGUAGGUGAGCUAACGGGGCUCAAACCGGAGUGUUGCUAACACUGACCCUAGCAAGAGCAGCGCUUCGCAGAAUCUACCAACGGAUCGGAAACGCGACCCACUGAGAAGAUCCGGCGAGAAACUCAGUGGGCUGUGUCUAGGGGUUAAUUCGCUCGUCGAGCCCUUCGUCGCAAGCGACGGGUUCGACGCGGACGGUGACCGGUGCUUGUGGUACCUAAAAGCACCGUUAAUGGAUCUGGACGAUCCGUAAUAACAUGUUUUGAGCGAAAUUACACACAGUAAUGGAUUAUCUUAACGAGUGCAUUAUUUAUUUAUUUAUUUAUUUAUUAAACUUCAUGUAAAAUUUACAUUGGCGGACUUAAUGCCUAAGGCAUUCUCUACCUACUCUAGUGGUAGGUGCAAUGAAAUUUAUAUUAAGUUAUAAAAAGUAUAUACAUGCAUACCUAAUAAUAUAUACAUACAUACAUACUUCCAUACAUACAUAUGUCCAUAAACUUAGACUGAACCAUAAUUGUAAUUACUUUUACUUAUCUAUUUAUUAUAGGCGGUUUUAUAAUAAGAUAAUGUACCUUAACUGUAAUUUUUUUUAUUUUAUUGCAUAAGUAAUUAAGGUAAUUGGUUACUGGAGCCCAUAGACAUCUACAAUGUAAAUGCGCCACCUACGACGACGACAAUGUUAAUGUAGUAUAAGAUAAGUAAAAGUUAAUGUUAAUAAUGUACAGUAGCAUAUAUAGAACGUUUGACGGAGCUUUAAAAAAUAUAUUAUCACUAUGUCUACAAGUGAGCCUAUAUCUCAUAAAUUAUUGACUGUAAAAUUAUUUAUUAUUUAAUUUUAAAACAAUAUAUUUUAUAUGUAAAUAUAAAG